CCAGAUUUCCCUCUAGUUAUACUAAUAUAAAACUCUAUGCAUAUAACAUAACUAUAAUUAGAAACAUUAUGCUAUGCGUGAUGCCAUGCGAUACCGACGAAGCCUCUAAUACGCGUCGACCGAGUUGCCAUGAUAUUUCGACGUAAAAUCGCCGGCACAACUCUUUAUUUUUUUUUUCAUUUGUUAUUACUUUUUUUUCACUCGCUUCAUCUACUCUUUCGAACGUAAAUCGCCUCCCGCAGAGUGCAGUAGGGGGUAGCCAUGCGCAGCCCCCUCUAACGGAAAAAACCCUGCCGUCAAGUUCGUGGCGGACGCUGCUUGAGUUGUGACAGAACAGUCAAUGAGAAAGGCGCAACAGCCAGCAGCAGUGAAAGCUCUAUUGGGCACCCACUGCAGACAAUGCCUGGAGCAACUAGCCGGGGCUGACAGCAUGUCUGGUGGUGUGGCUGCUGACAUUGAGCCCAGCACAGAGCUGCAUAACCUGCCACCGGUCCUUGCCACCAGCGUCGACCGAGAGGAUCUCGGGGCCAGCACAGACAAGGAAGACACCUUUGGCCUAGGGGUGCUCUGCAUCCAGGAAGAAGGGGCCCGCGCUGCCACCGAGGCCCUCUCAGCCACGCAGCUGGAGGUGGCCUACCGCGAGGCUGGUGGUGGAGCGGCAGUGGGUGCUGGCUGGCUGGACGGCCUGCUGGGCUGCCUCCGCCCUGUCUGGAGCAUCUUGCACAAGGCUGACGACCGGCAGGGGCCCGGGGGGGACAGUUGGGAGAUCCCCUUUGAGGCCAUCGGUCAUCUCCAGUUUGUGGGCAGUGGAGCCCAAGGUGCUGUCUUUGUCGGCCAGCUGCAUGAUGAAACAGUGGCUGUCAAGAAGGUCACCAGCUUGGCCGAGACUGACAUCCGCCACCUGCGGAAACUCAAUCACCCCAACAUUGUGGCUUUCAAGGGCGUGUGCACUCAAGAGCCAUGCUUCUGUAUAGUGAUGGAAUACUGUCCCUAUGGGCAACUGUACGACGCACUCAAGAAUGGCCGUGUCAUCCCGCCUGCCACUGUGGUCGAGUGGAGCAAGCACAUAGCAUCCGGCAUGAACUACCUCCACUCUCGGAGCAUCAUUCACAGGGACCUCAAGUCACCCAACAUCCUGAUCAGCUACAAUGAUGUGCUCAAGAUCUCGGACUUUGGCACUAGCCGACAAUGGAGUGAGCGCAGCACCAAGAUGUCCUUUGCUGGUACAGUGGCCUGGAUGGCACCCGAGGUGAUCCGCAAUGAGCCCUGCUCUGAGAAGGUGGAUAUCUGGUCAUAUGGUGUGGUCAUGUGGGAGCUACUCAACUGUGAGACGCCGUACAAGGAUGUUGAUUCCAAUGCCAUCAUCUGGGGUGUGGGCAACAACAGCCUGCACCUACCUGUGCCUGCCACCUGCCCAGAUGGGUUCCGGCUGCUAAUGCGCCAGUGCUGGAGCCCCAAGCCACGAAACCGGCCCUCAUUCCGGCACAUCUUAAUGCACCUGGACAUAGCAGCUGUGGAGAUCCUGAGCACGCCAAAGGAAAGCUACUUUGCGGCCCAGGCUGGCUGGAAGGAGGAGAUACGGCGCUACAUGCAGAGUAUUCGCCAGGAGGGCCAACCCCAGGGUGAGCAGGAACUGAUCCGGCGGCGGCGGGAGGAGCUGCGCCAUGCCCAGGACAUUCGGCUGCACUACGAGCGCAAGCUGGAGCGCACCAACAACCUCUACAUGGAAUUUACAGCCUGCCUGCUGCAGCUGGAGCAGCGCGAGCGUGAGAUCAUACGGCGAGAACAGAGCUUGGAGAUUGGUUCUGGCUACCGGCCCUACAAGAAGCGCAUUGUGCGGCCCCUCAUUAAGGCCCAAGAGCGGUUUGGCAAGAAACGCUCCUACCGGCUUCCCUCGGACCCUCCCAGUACCCUUUGUGUGUCGCGGUGUGGAGGAGCGUCGCAUCCUUUCCUGACUGCGCUUGCUGGUCCAGAACCCAUGGAGCAGGCAGGAUCACCAUCCACCAAGGCACGUUCCCGGAGGGCCACACACCGCCGCAGCGGCUCGGGCAGCAGUGGCUGCCGCAUGGUUGACAGUGAGACACAGACCGAUGUCCUGGAGCUCCUCAGCACCAGCUCCCCACCAUCGGUGGCCUCGCCCCAGAGCGAGGAGAAGGACCUGAACAGCAACCAGGCACCACGCGUGGUGCUGCAGCAGCACACAACCAGCGUUCCAGAGGAGGAUUGCUGCCCUGCACUACCUGUGCGUAACAAGCGGGCCAUAACUGACAGUGAUGAGUCGCCCACUCGUCUUGGCCCUUGCCAGCAGGAUCUGACUACCUCUGAAGAGGAGGGUGAAGUGGAUGAUGAAUACACUGCACGACAAGGGCAGAUGCGACAGGCAGUGAGUGGCCAGUCUAUCUCCACACUCAGCUCGGAGGGUAACCUGUCUGAAGAGGAAGGCAACACAAGCGAGUGCUCCAGCUGCCAGCCGGCUGAACUUCUCUCCAGCCUCUCCAACCCGGAUGUGCGUGACUGUGGGCCACGCCGUCCACCACCGGGGGUUCCACUUCGCCUCAAGCGGAACCCAUUGCCAACCAUCAGUGACACGUACAGCUCGGCCAGCCAGACGUCACGUGUGAACAGCGAGACAGGUCGCACCGAGACCACCGUCUGGUAGACAUCCUGUGUACAGUGUGGUCCAGUUGACUUUGCUUUAUUUUCCAAUGCUCAUGAGACAUUCCAAGUGAACAAAGGGCUCUGGGACCAGCCACAGCUGCUACCCAAUGGCACCCAUUGAUGUAACACGAUUUUACUUAUUUAUUAUGUUUUACUGCUCUUUUGUUACUGCAUGAGAGACUGGGGCCAGCCUGCAUCUGUACCCUCCAUCAUGUGAUGGCACCGUGAUUUCCAGAUAACUGUUCUAUAUAGACUCUUGUAAUGGCUGCACACUAGACUAUGUGCAUAAAACUUGCCAAGAAUGC